AUGGGAGCCGAGUCCGACCUGGUUCCAAAAACUUCCAAUGAUACCCAGGAUUGUGAUAAGGCAAAAUCAACGAUAUACCAGAGGACAAAAACGUGGAGUGGUUUCUCUGCUCUGCGGUAUUUGUUCAUAUUCGGUGACUCCUACAGUGACGUUGGAUAUUCAACAUUUCGUACUCGUGUUCCGUCUCCAAGUGCAGCUCAACCUCUUGGUAUAGAAUUUCCUGGCAUAACUUACAAUGAAGAGGGCCUUCCGAACUGGGUUGGCCAUUUGAUAUCAAAAUAUCGACCAGCUCCUCGCUUCGACGCUUCUGUGGAUACAGCCAAUCAGGACCCAGAGUAUAUACGCUCUCCUCUGCUUGUCUAUGAUUAUGCAAUAGGAGGACAGACAGUAGAGGGAGUUCGCUCUCAGGUCGAGAAUAUCUUUCUUCAAUCAGAUUUAAUGUCAACGGUUUCGGAGGACGCUUGGAAUGCGUCGAACUCAAUUUUCAUAACAUGGAUUGGAAUAAAUGAUUGCGGUUCUUUCGUGCGUUCCAAUACGCAGACUGCAAUUGGGAACCUUUUUGCAACUCAACAGAAAUUGUACGACGUUGGUGCUCGUAAUUUCUUAUUUAUAGAUGUGCCACCCAUACAUCGAAGUCCUGCGAUUCCCAAACAGGAGGAAAACGAAUCAGCGUCCUACUAUCAAGUUUGGAACACGACGUUGAGAACGGCGAUCGACGAAUUUUCUAGAAAUCAUGAUGACGCCUCAGUUUUUCUUUUUUCAUCGUAUGAAAUAUUUGAAAAUGUUCUCGACAAGCCUAAGGACUUUGGCAUCAAACCUAAGGAGGUACGCAAGGCGGGUGGUCAGGUUUGGGUAGAUUAUCUCCAUCCCACGAGCAAGGUGCACGACAUACUUGCAUCGUCUUUGGCCAACUUCUUGGGACAAAUUUAA